AUGGCAUCUAUCCUCCAGAGUCUGGCCCCUCGCAGUCGUAUGCGUGCAAGACAGCUCGUACUCCUCCUGGUCGGUAUUCUCGACCUCGACAAGCAGCUCGCCGUCGUGCAUGCCCUUGGUGCUGCGCAUGCGGAUCCGGCUCAUCUCCAGGUGGCUGAGGAGCAGCUCGGGCUCGGUCCCCAGGGUGUCAGAAAACUGAUGUAUGUUGAACAUGAGGCGGCUCAUCGUGGAGGACAUGACGACCAGCUGAACACUGCCGUCACCAGUUAUGAUGGAUCAUGGCGCGGCACGGUCACGGAUGAGGACUUAGAUCGCCACGUCGCCGAGCUCAUUCUGAAGGAGGCGAAGAAGAAAGCUGAACGAUAUGCGUCGGAGGGUGUGCGGGCUUACCUACCAGAAUCAAGCAACGUUCCGAGGGCCAAUAAACGCUUUCUGUCCUCCAUCAUUCGUAACACCGAUGAACAUAAUAAGACUAUUCUACGUGCACAAGCCCUCGCUGCACAAGAAAUCAAGGAACAGCGAGAAGAACAGGAAAGGAGGGAUCGCCGUGCGAGAGCGGAGGAAGCGGCGGAGGCGGAGCGACUGCGACGAGGAGGAGCAGGAUCCAGCCGCGACCAUCGGCGUGACAGGGAUAGGAAACGGCGGGACAGAAGCUGGGAGAGGCGGGAUGACGACCGUUACGAGUAUGACAGAGAGAGACGGAGAAGGUCUCAGAGGAGGCACAGACAUGAGGACGACGAUCGCUCUCACCGCCAUCGCUCUUCGAGACACAAACGGGAUCGGUCCCGCUCGUACUCUACGGAAAGGAAGGAGGAGAGGCGCACUCGGGAUUACCGUAAGUCGUACUCUAGCGAGGAUGACGAGGAGUCCUCGAGACGCCGACGGGACAGGAAGCGUGCUCGGUCGCGAAGUCGUUCUGAUUCUGAGGACUCUUGGGAUAGCCGGGAGAAGGGAAGAGAUCGGAGUCGACGGUAUAGGAGUCCCGAGGAUGAUGGCAAGUAUCGCGCGAGCUCCCGGAAGUCUCGCAGCGCUGCUGGCUCGCGGUCAAGCUCAAGGGAGGGAUAUCGAUCGGCCCCAGUAUUGGAUCAUCAGGACAGUUUAGCUCGCCAUGGAAGCGGCGUUCGUGACGAACAUUCUACACAUUCUACACAUUCACCGCGACUUCCGACUACAGACCCAGACAGAGAGGCCGAGCUACGCUCGAAGUUGAAAGGGAAGAGAAAGGCUGAGGACAACGAUUUUUCUGACAGGGAAUCUCGAUACUCUUCCAAAUCGACCGGCAAGGGUAAAGCAAGGGAUAAAGAAACGCUCAUCGAACCUUCCAAGAAGUCUACCUCUCGCAGGAGCCGUCCCAGGAGCCCCUCUUCUUCACCUCCGCCCGUCCCGCCACCUCCUCCAAUCGAGUCCAAGAUGGACAAAUACUUUGAGGCAUCCUAUGACCCAAGGCUGGACGUUGCGCCCCUCAAGGUGCCGGAGAUACCAGCCACGGGCCUUAUCGAUGAUGCUGCUUUCGAAGGCUGGGAUGCUAUGUUACGGCUCAUCGAACUACGAAGGCAGGACAAGGCCGAGAAGAAGUGGCUGGAGAAGCAUGGAAUCAAAGAUUCCAGUAAGGACAAGAAGGGAAUCUCGACCGGCGUCAGCGAACGAUGGGAUUCAGGCCCCAGCGUCAUGGACAUCGAAUACAAGAAACGGGGUUCCGUGCGAGAAUGGGAUCUGUGCAAGGAGACUCCUACAUGA